CCUCACCGCUGCCGACCUGACCCGCGCGCCUGCUUCUCACAGCCUCUGUGGACCCGCCACCAUGGCCGACAUCAAGACGGGCAUUUUCGCUAAGAACGUCCAGAAACGACUCAACCGUGCACAGGAAAAGGUCCUUCAGAAGCUUGGGAAAGCUGAUGAGACAAAAGAUGAACAGUUUGAAGAAUAUGUCCAGAACUUCAAACGGCAGGAGGCAGAGGGUACCAGACUUCAGCGAGAACUCCGAGGAUAUUUAGCAGCUAUUAAAGGCAUGCAAGAAGCCUCGAUGAAGCUCACCGAGUCGCUGCAUGAAGUCUAUGAGCCUGACUGGUAUGGGCGGGAAGAUGUGAAGAUGGUUGGCGAGAAAUGUGAUGUAUUAUGGGAAGACUUCCAUCAAAAGCUAGUGGAUGGGUCUUUGCUGACACUGGAUACCUAUCUGGGCCAAUUUCCAGACAUAAAGAAUCGCAUCGCAAAACGCAGCAGGAAGCUGGUUGACUAUGACAGUGCCCGCCACCAUCUGGAAGCUUUACAGAGCUCCAAGAGGAAGGAUGAGAGUCGAAUCUCUAAGGCAGAAGAGGAAUUUCAGAAAGCACAGAAAGUGUUUGAAGAGUUUAAUGUUGACUUGCAAGAAGAGUUACCAUCAUUAUGGUCAAGACGAAUUGGAUUUUAUGUCAAUACUUUCAAAAAUGUCUCUAGCCUUGAGGCCAAGUUUCAUAAGGAAAUUGCAGUGCUUUGCCACAAACUGUAUGAAGUAAUGACGAAACUGGGUGACCAGCACGCUGACAAGGCCUUCACCAUUCAAGGCGCUCCCAGUGAUUCGGGUCCUCUCCGCAUCGCAAAGACACCAUCACCGCCCGAGGAGCCUUCACCCAUACCAAGCCCGACAGCUAGUCCCAAUCAUACACUGGCGCCUGCGUCUCCCGCACCAGCACGGCCUCGGUCACCUUCGCAGACGAGGAAGGGGCCUCCUAUACCACCUCUGCCUAAAGUCACCCCGACAAAGGAACUGCAGCAGGAAAAUAUCAUUAGUUUCUUUGAGGACAACUUUGUCCCAGAAAUCAGUGUGACAACACCUUCCCAGAAUGAAGUCCCUGAGGUGAAGAAAGAAGAGACUUUGUUGGAUCUGGACUUUGACCCAUUCAAGCCUGAGGUAGCCUCUGCAGGUUCUGCUGGAGUGACCCAGUCCCCCAUGUCUCAGACAUUGCCCUGGGACCUAUGGACGACAAACACUGAUUUGGUACAGCCGGCUUCUGAUGGUUCAUUUAAUGGAUUCACGCAGCCCCAGGACACUUCAUUAUUCAUGAUGUCAACAGAUCAGAAUAUGACCAGUAACUUGCUGGCUGAGUCUGAACAGGCUCUACCAGCAGAGCCAAAAGCAGAGGAGCCCCUUGCCGCUGCAGCACCUGCUGUUGGACUGGACACCCAGGCUGAAGAGCCAGUGGAGGGGGCAGUGAUCCUACCUGGAACCGAAGCUGAUGGGACUGUGGGAGCGCUGGUGUCGGCCGCGGAGGGGGCCCCGGCAGAGGAAGCAGAGACAGAGGAGGCGGCUCCUCCUCCUGGGGAAAGAGCAAGUUUAGAGGAGGCCGGGGUUGAUCCUGAAACCACAGAGGUCGUAGGCAGUGACAGACCUCAACCAGAAGACACAGAAGCGGCAGCACCGCAGGAGAAGGUCAUCCCCUCUGUCGUCAUAGAGCCUGCUUCCAACAAUGAAGGAGAGGGAGAACACGAAAUAAUUACAGGUGCAGAGUCCAAGGAGGCGACUGAAGGCUCGGCUCUUCCAGGCCCCACCAGGGAGACGCCGGAACAGGCCUCCGAGCAGAAGGCCGCUGAGGACUUCCAACCAGCAGCCUCCGCGCCGUCUGCAAGCGAGGCCUCUCAGGAAGUGCCUCCCGGCUUUCUCUACAAGGUGGAAGCACUGCACGACUUCGAGGCAGCAAAUUCUGAUGAACUUACCUUACAGAGGGGCGACGUGGUGUUGGUGGUCCCCUCGGAUUCGGAGGCUGACCAGGAUGCGGGCUGGCUGGUAGGAGUGAAGGAAUCAGACUGGCUCCAGUACAGAGACCUCGCCACCUACAAAGGCCUCUUUCCAGAGAACUUCACCCGGCGCCUGGUUUAGGGCCAAAAAUAUUGUAGAAAGAGCCUGGUUUGGGGAUUUUUAAACCUUCGUGCAAGCCUGCAGAAUUCACUUCUGCUAUUACACUUAAUGAUUUACAGCCUGAUGCCAGACAAAGCUUGGAAGGAUGUAUCAAUGAAAUGCGUGUGCAAAAAAAGUAUAGGAAAAAAAAGUAAAUGAAGGAGAAAGUCCUCAGUGGUUCCCAUGUUAAGAAGAAAGGGUCUGUUUGUACUUUGUCCAAGCUGUGGAGACCCUUGUACUUGGUCUCCUCCCAGCGAUUCUAAAGUAAUUUUCUCCAGACGAGAACCUUAAUUUCUCUGCACCAAGUGUGUGGUAUUGAGAGGCUGCCCUGCAGAAGACGUGAUGAGUUAUCCUGUAGUACAAGAUUAUUUUACUCCCCAGUGCAGGUGUGAGCACGUGCGUUCUCGAUCUCUCCCCCUUUCAAGUUUACUGUGUUCAAAGUUAAACUGCAGAAGUUUUUGAUGUUCUUUUCCAAGGACUCUCUCCCUCUCUUCUGUGUGUGUGUGUGUUUGUGUGUGUGUGUGUGUGUGUGUGUGUGUGUGUGUGUUUGCGUGCGUGCGCAGUAGCACGAGCUAGUUCCCCUCACUCCUGGAUCUGUGUGUAUGCACAAAACGACAUAUACAUAGUUGCUUUCUUUCCUUUCCACUAUAGACAUUUGCCUCUCAAGUGUUAUUGAUACAUGCAUUUCUCUCAUUCUGUCUGGCAUUACAAAUGCAAUUUUGCCUCAGAACAAACUCAGCCAUUCCAUUGCCAAAACAGUCAUCAGUAUCCGUGUUCGUGAUGUGCAUUUUUCAGGGUGUGAGGACAGAUAGAUAGCAUGACAGAGCUGCUGUCUUCAUGGAGAAGGCAGAGCUUAAUGCUCUAAAUAUCUGGCUGCUGCGGCUGGAGGCAGGCUAGUCGGGAGGAGUAGCAAACUGCUUAACUUCUGACUUUCAGAGAUUGGCGUGACAAUGGGGCAUAUAAUCCCACCCCAAAAGAACACUUAAAAAGAGCCCCUUAUAUUUAUGCAACUCAUCUUCACAGAUUGUCCUAAAAUAAGAUAGGUGAUGUAUGCCGUAUCCACAGAUCAUCUGUAAUGAUAAUGUUUUCAGUGCUUGUUGUUCCCAAUAAACCUUUGGUC